AUGUCUAAAAUCGAAUGAAAUAUUUGUUCCUUCUUCAAUGAAAGGAAACCUUUAAGCUUACUUCUUUGAUUAUUUCGAAGAAAAGUUGAGAAUAACUUAAAUCUUAUUUUUUAUUAUUAUUUUCCAAGUCAUUAUGCUGAUUUGAUUUAUUAUUAUAGCUCUGAGUAUCGAAAUAGUUGAAUGCUAAUUUUGUGACAUCAAAUUUACUUAUCUCUGAAUGCUGAUUAAAAUAAAUAAAAACUUAUUAUAAUAGCAAACAUUAAAGCAAGGAAAUAUUAUUUUGCCAAUUAUCUCAUGAUAAUUUCAGAUUUUUCAAUAUUUUAUUUCUGAAACAUAGAAAUCAUUUUUAG